UUUUACUACGAGGUAAACCAGCGCAGGCUUAGAGUGAGUAAAGAGGUCAAACAGCUGCGUUCGUUCUGCAGUUGUUCUACUUUUUGCUUUAUUGACGUUUUCCACCCUGCCAGCCAUGGAAAGGCGACGGACAUCAGUUUGGGAGAGAAAGUCUAUAAUUUGGAUUUUCGGUUUUCUGUUUGCUGUAGCUGGAGCUGAGGUGGAAAUGCACCACGCCCAGUCUCCACUGACUGUUUCUGCUGCCCACCUGUACUACACCUGUCCAGAGGGGGUGACUGCCAAACUAGUGUGUAACCAGAAAAAUGGCAAGUUAUAUCCUGAAGAUUUUGUAAGGCAGCGCUGGCUCUUCACACCCCACGCUGACUUGCAUUGUAAAAGUGGGCAAGGCCCACGCAAUGUAUCUCACACUCGAAAAGACCAAGUCUUGCCUCAAGGAUUGCAGAUGGGUCACACAGAUAGUGAGAUGUGGGUGAUUCUCAAGAACGUGACCUAUGCCGACCAGGGUCGCUACUGCUGCAUGGCCCUAGAGGUUAAGAACGAUCACAACCAUCCGACAGUCGUGCAGAAUUCCCACAGCCACAUUAUUCUUCACGUUACACCAAGGAGAACUGGGACAACCGACUGCACUCUCUUGGAUCCCGCACUUCCUCCAGCGGCUUCGGUGCCCAUGGCCUUGGCUUUAGCAGCUUGCAUUUUGGCUCUUCUCUCUCUGCCUCUUAUUCUGGUCCUGGUCUACAAACAGCGGCAGAAUUCCCACUCAAACAGGCGUGGACAAGAGCUGGUGAGGAUGGACAGUGAGGCUCAGGGCCAUGAGAAUCCAGUGUUUCUGGGAGGAUCCCCGCAGACAAAGACCCGUACUGUUUCUCAGAUCUUGACCAGGCAACCCUCUGAGACAGGUCGCCGCUUGUUGUCUGACCCAGGAACGCCCCUCUCUCCUCCCACACAUGGGGACGUAUUCUUCCCAUCUGAAGACAUCAUCCCAGAGUCUCCAGACCUGGUGCAGAUUUAAAGCUGAUUCUGCACCUAAACUGCUGACCCAGAACGACUCCUGCUGCUCUCCUGUUCUUGCCUUCAUUUUAAUACCAAUGCUAUCCUCAUGAGCUGUCUCACAGCUAUAAACACAUAUUGUUCCUGUCUGGAUUUGUCAUCUGAAAAUUGUCUGGACUGAGAGAGAGGACGGCUGCAUUUCUGAUCCACAUACCAUUUCCACCUGCAACAACAGCUGCAGGCCAAACGUGAAGUUCAGUUAAUAUGUUUCAUCUGAUCUUUAGUCCAAAUCCUCACAACAGCUCAUAGCCUCUCAGAUAUCUUGCUCUGGCGGUGUCUUGACUAACCUUAUAAGUGGUGAAGUGGGGGUCUUGCUGUAUGCAGGGGAGAAGUGAUAUAUUAAACGUUUUCCAUGCUGCAACUGUUAACAGGGUUGAGACAAAAAUCUAAGCAAGUUCUACUGUGCUCUUAGAUCCCUACAGAGUCCAAAUACAGCACCUGAUCUAUGUUCUAUGUCACUAUGUGAACUUUGUAUGUGUCCAAAUUUACAGUCAGAUUUUUUUUAUUGUAAAUGCAGCAGUUUUCUUUGCUGGUCAUUAGAGAACUGUCAGACAAGCAGUUUCAUAAAAUGACUUGCCAUUAUAUAGAUUUGACUUUCAUGUGGUUUACAGCAAUCAUACAAAAAGUCUUCUUAGCCCCGAUCAGAAUACUUAAAGCUAGGACUUAGACACCUUCUGGCUAUCGUUCUGUUUUCUAUGAGGAGUUAUCGUAAACCCGCCACCGUUACGUUUCUGAGCCGUCAAGCACAGAAUCAACCGUGCUGUAACAGUGGACUUAUGUAAGGGUUAGCUGGCAUUGCUGGCUUGUAGUGACAGCCUCUUUCACAAAAUACUUCAAGCAAAGAUUUAGACACCUUCUGACUGUCUGGGUGUUUUCUAAAGGAGAGAAGAGGAAUGAGGAGUUAAAGUCAAGCCACUGCUUGUAUGAAUCUGAGGUAAUGACGGUGCUGAAUGGUCAACUUUACAAACGAUUAACCGGCUUCGUGACUUGAGGAUCAAACAAAUUAUGCCAGGAGUUCUGGCUGUCUGUGUUUUUUUCCUGAAAGGACCAAGGUGGUAGGUGAUGAGGCACAAAACCAAAUAUUCUCCUAAAAGUGGCAUUAUAUUCCCUUUUGGUAUGAUUUCUUCUCUGCGUUGCUUUCUUUCUUUGUUCCUCUAUGCUACCUCAGACACAUACCACUUCUGUUUUCCUGAAUACUCGCCUUCCGUCCUGUACUUUCAGAACUGCACCAUUGCCUUAAACUUUCUUGUAUAUUGCUGAAAAAUAGAUGUACCUUUUUUUGGAAGAUUUUAUUGUUGUCUCUGUAUAUAAUUAUGAAGAAAAAAUAUGUUUUUCUCUGGAAUGUAGCCACACAGAUACCACCAAAACUUAAAUCUUCCAGGAGUUGAACUCACUGCCAUUAAGACACUUCCUCUGGAUUUCACUGUGUUUGUGUUUAUCAGGGUAAAGGUUCGAUCCUAUUUUUCUAUGUGUGCAAUGAAGUCUGAUAAGCCAAAACUGUUGAAAAAAUAGAGAGAUAGGUCUUACAUGCUAAGACCAGUCCCUACUAGAUCCAGUUCCAGGAUCUAGUAGGGACUGGUCUUAGCAGUCCGGGGGGGGGAGGGGUUGCUGCAGGCAACAACGAACCCCCCGUGUCCAGUGGACUGGGGGGGGGGUGUCUACAAAUGAACCUGUUGGUUCACUUGGGCACCGGAUAGAGGAGGGGGCCCAGUCUGCAGGGUGGAAGCAAUGCCUUGGAGGGGAGAGACCCAGUCAGACUUCCAGUGGAAUGAAACUGUGUUGCCAACUCCAUUGUUGCUGCAUAACCCCCCCCCACACACAUCUCAACUACCCCUGUCGUAGAGUGUGACAGGAACAUGGCUGUCCUGGCGGGCCUGGCUAGGUCCACAUGUGACCUGGUUAACCCAUUGGUGGUAUUAUUGUUAAACUGGGGCCAAACAUAUACAGCUGGUGCUAAGCCAAAUCAGCUGAAAAAGAACAUGUUUAAACAGGUUUAUAGGACAGGGUAAUCCUUUGUUUUAAGAUGUGAGCCUGCUUAAGAGUUUGUGAAUGUGUAUUUGUAAAGUAGGGAUUAAAGUUUUAAGAAGUAAUUUCUGGUUUCCCUGAAAAAUAUUAAGCGUAUACUUGGUCACUUUCAUGUUGUAUCUGUGUUUUUAUACUGUAAAAAGCUUGCAUGAGGGCAUAUUUCUCGCUUUAAAUGGUCCUCUCUGUAGCCUGUACAAUAAAAGUGGAACUCUCAAAGCCUUAAA